CACUGACGACGAUGAUAAUGGCAUCGCUCAAGCACAGGUCGCCUCCGAGAGGCGGAGCAGCUGCGACGCUCUCCUUUUUCUGCUGCGUCUGCGCAUUGUUCGCUCAGAGCUCGGUGGCCUUUGUCCCCGCUGGCGGCCUCUCUCGCUGCGGCGUCAAUGACCGGUCAUCAUCAUCAUGUAGGGCAGCGGCGAUCGGAGCAGCAGGUCGCAGCAGCCUGCCUGUCAGCCGAAGCAGCAGCAGGAGGGGGAGGAGGGGUGGCUGCGCCGGUGGUGCUUCUUCUCCCCUGGGCAUGAUGUUCGACACGCUGGCGGAGAACAUGGCUGGGGUGGCGAACCUGUUCACCGGGCAGAAGACCAUCACUGAGUCAAGCGUGGAGGGGGCUUUGAAUGAGGUGAAGCGGGCUCUCCUGGAUGCAGACCUGAACCUCAUGGUGACCAACACCCUGGUGGACGCCGUCAAGAGCAAGGCCGUGGGGAUGAAGCUCGUAGACGGUGUAACGGCAAAACAGCAGUUCGUGAACGUGAUGAACGACGAGCUGGUGGAGAUCAUGGGCGCCGAGCAGGCUCCGCUGGCGAGAAGGACGGACGGAAAGCCCACCGUGAUCCUCCUGGCGGGGCUGCAGGGGACCGGGAAAACCACCGCAGCUGCCAAGCUCGCCAAAUACCUUCAGCAGGAGGAGGAGCCUAAGAAGGUGCUUCUGGUGGCCGGAGACGUGUACCGACCGGCGGCCAUCGACCAGCUCAUCUCCCUCGGGAAGAGGAUCGACGUGGAGGUGUUCUCCAUGGGACAAGGGGUAGACCCCGUCGAGAUCACCAAGGCCGGCCUAGAGCGCGCCGUGGAGGGGGAGUUUGACACGGUCAUCGUCGACACGGCCGGGCGGCAGGUGGUAGAUGACACCCUCAUGACCGAGCUGAAGGACAUACAGGUUGCUUCGGAGGCGGACGAGGUCCUUCUGGUCGUGGACGCCAUGACCGGUCAGGAGGCCGCCACGUUGGCCUCGGUCUUCAACGAGAAGAUUGGCAUCACGGGCGCAGUGCUGACAAAGAUGGACGGGGACACCCGAGGUGGCGCCGCGCUGUCCGUGCAGGGGGUCUCCCAGAAGCCGAUCAAGUUCGUGGGGAUCGGGGAGAAGAUGAGCGAGGAGGAAGCGGCGAAGCUGGCGAAGAAGAUGAUCAACGCCGAGUUCGACUUCAACGAUUUCCUCAAGCAAGCCAAGAUGAUGAAGGGCAUGGGGAGCCUGGGGGGCGUCGCCAACAUGAUCCCGGGGAUGGCGGGAAAAAUCACACCCCAGCAGCUCAACCAGGCCGAGGAGGGCGUGCAGAGGGCGGAGGGGCUGAUCAAGUUCAUGACACCGGAGGAGCGGCGUACUCCCAAGCUGCUCAUCCUCGACCCGACCUCCCAGGCGCGGUGCAGGAGGAUAGCCAGGGACGCCGGGGUCAAGCUCUCGGCCGUCAGCGCGUUCCUCAAGGAGUUCCAGGCGAUGCAGAGCAACAUGUCGAGGAUGGGCAAGCAGAUGGCCGACGGCGACCCCAACGCCGGCCCCGGGGGGCAGCCUUCCCCCUUCCAAGGCCUCGGGGGGGACACUGCUCCGGGAGCCGCUCCGUCGAUGAACAGGCAGCAGCGAAGACAAUCCAAGAAGAACAAGGCAGGACGUUCCGCUGCCCCCUCGAAGGGCUUCGGAUAACAUUAAUAAUGAAUACCGUAGGUAGAUAGAUGUCUCUUAGAAUGGGCUUGGGGGGCGCUGUCAAUUGUUUGCGAACAUAUCGUACCGUGUUGUGUUGUGUUCGCCCGCAAAUGUUAUGCUUUGUUUUGGAGAUUCUUGCCGUUUCGAGGGAGGAGGUUGCGCCGCAACGGAACACAAAAAAUAGAGAUUGUUGUUCCGUUUCGGGGAGAUUGCACCGCAUCAGAUACUGCUCCGCAUCGGAACACAGAAUAGAGAUUGUUGUUCCCUUUCGGGGAGAUUGUGGAUGCAUGCGUGCUUUUCGGAGAGGUUUUGCUCCUGCUGGGAGACACUUGAUAAGU